AUGUCAACUCCGGCAAAUCUCCACAUCACUUGUGAGCACUGCAAGCAGAAGGCCACCUUAGCAUGUGCUGGCUGUAUAGCAGUACCGGACACUGCAGCUGGUAUCGUCCAGACGACCUGGUAUUGUGGAGCGAGUUGUCAGCGGGCCGGUUGGAAUAACCAUAAGGAAGCCUGUAAGGCAAUCCAAGCUCGCAAGUCUUUAUUCAGAGCUGGAGAGGUUGUACAGCACGCUUUUUACAUGUACCGAGAGAAGGUUUUUGACAAAUAUGUCUUGAGUGUUGAACGCGACGGGGAACACCUCAAGACGAAUAUCCAGUAUGUUCUCAAUGAGGACACAUUUUUUGUCCCGUUUCCAGACAAGGUCUGCGUGGAUCACGCGGACAAACAAGCCUUGUUGGCGUCUUGGGCUUGCGCCGACGCCGUUGCAUAUAUGCAUGGACUGGUGAAGAGUCUACUUCAAGGACUCUACAAGGAGAUAAGCGAUGUCCUGGUCUCGACGAAGAAUCACCGUCGCCGCUUCAUCAACGCUGGUAUAACAGCACCUAAUAACAACGACAAUACGAAAUACGGUCAUGAGGUCAUUCAAGUCACACUCAAGAAUGGCGAGAAGUAUGUGCUCGACAUUGCAGGUGCCCAGUAUGGACAAUUCACCACUGUCAUCCCAUGGGAUGUUUAUGUCCAAUCUCAUGUCAAGGACGUCAUACAUUGCCAUGACUUCGGUUCCACACGCGAGCGCAUAACCUCUCCGAUAUACUGCAAUGGUAGCACCCACAUACAGCUGAAGAAAUACUUCAACAAGCUCUUGUCGGCAAGCAUGGACGCCAAGAUCAAAGAAUGGCAAGACUCCAAUAUCACGCUGCCUGCUAUGCUCAAACUUUCGGAACAGAAACUUUUCGAGAAGCAGAGCGAGUUUUUUUCGUUCUUGGAUGGCGAGCUAGACAAAGCGAAACUGUCUAUCCAAGGGACACUAUCGGGUAGAGCGAGGGUGCCAGCUACAGAAGCCUUGUUGGAACAAUGGCUUCGUAAAGGUACAUUUCGUCGUGAAUCAUAG